AUGCCCAACUCGCGAAAGCGAAUAUCUCUCGCCUGCACUUACUGCCGCUACAGAAAACGAAAAUGCGACGGCCAAACACCCCAUUGUAGGACGUGCCGCACCAAGGGACUGCAGUGCAAAUACCCAGAUCCAGAUGCGGAGAAAGAAGAUGAUGUCCCGCCACACCAGACCCAGGCGCAACACUUGGAUGCAAUUGAGGCCCUGCUUCAGCAGCAAGCUGAGUCUCUCAAGGCUUUGGAAAAUCACGUCCCGGCCCAAAACAGCUCAAAUGCUUCACAGGCAGAAAUUCCCGCCCCUGGUGGCCCGCUGUCUGGUAUAUCAAGUUUACCGACAGGGUCAUCCAACUCCUCGACUCACCACUUUACGUCUAAUUCGCCGCUUUCAGCUAGAGCAGCAGAAGGAAGAUCUGCUUCGUCUCACAAUGGAACCGAUAAGUCCUCGGCACCGCAUGAUCAUCUAAAUGCACAUCCUUCAAGCCUCGGAGACCUUCUCAAGCUGCCUCAAGUCUGCCAACUGAUUGGCUCUUAUGCGGAGGACUUUUUCUUGCGGAUAGAAAAUCACCGUGAGAGAUUGCCUAUUGCGAAUGCUAUAAUGGAUUCUACGGAAAUUCGUGUUGACGAAGAAACCGCCCGUCGGUGUUUCGUUAACUUUAGCCGACUGGUCCACCCGUUCUACCCGUUCAUGGAGUGCAUGCAGUCGCUGGCCCGAUAUGAGAAGACCUUAGCGCGAGGCCUGGCAUCAGACCGUGAUUCUGCCUUCACGUUGGCCAUUUUGGCUGUUGGUGCAACGGCUGCGGAUCCUGUGGAUAUCGGCACCCAAAAUAACAGUCCCGAAGAGGAACAGGUCAAGAACAUGAAAACACAUCUGACCAUGUUCUCGUACGGCUUUACUGGGUCAGCUUCCUUCUCGAGCAGGAUCAUUGCCCCGGCGUUGGUCUCCCAAAAAAGCCACAUGGAGCAACUUACAAACGUGAUUCCCCUCCCAGGCUACAGGGGUUCCGACAGAUCUCGUGGUUUCUUCGCUCUCGCCGACAUAACCGCAAGAAACAUCCUAGACCGGCUCCUCGACACCUUGACUUCUUUCAACCAAAAGCGAAUUGAAGCAGCAUCAUCUGCGGUUUUUCUAUGUCCAGAUCCAUCUGGAAAACUCGCCAUCGAACUUAAUAGCCAGCUGGAAGCAUGGUACUCGGCCCUGCCAGAUCCUAUCAAGCCCGACCUUACGGGAGAAGAGAAGGGGAAUCAGCAGCAAUGCCAGCUAAGACUACGCUUCUGGAAUAUUAAGCAGAUCAUAUUUAGGACGCUUGUGAUUUACUGGACUUCUCCCGAUUACAGCGACUAUGCUGAUCCUGCACUCGAGGCGUGUCGUGUUUGCAUCCAUGCUUGUCGGGAGUUUAUCAACAAUGCGCAUCAUAUUCUGUCGGUUAGGACGCCGUAUACGUACAGUGUCAUUCAAAGCUGCUUCGCAAGCGCUAUCACUCUCGCCAUUGCAUCUCAAGAUAAAACAUUGAACCAGCAUGUAGGCGAUGCCCAGGCCAUCAUUAAACAAGCACUUACUAUCAUCAGCCCCUGGGCUCAGGGCGACAGUAGUGUGAAGGCACUCCAUGAUAUCAUGUCUGUAUUAGCUAUAAAGAUCCAAUUCGGGGGCUAG